AUGCAAGCGGAGAUGGAAUUCGUGAAGUUCUUGGGGAAAGGUUCGUUCGGUUCCGUCGAUCUCUUCAGAUACCGUAAACCCGACGGCUCGAUGUCCUACAACGCCGUAAAGAUCUCAGACGUUCUUCACUACGAAUCACUCCAGAGAGAGUUUCAGACUCUUAGAAAACUCAGAGGAAACCCUAGAAUCGUUCACUGUCUUGGAGACUCUUUGUUUGAAGAUUUCAAUUGCCACGGAAACAAAGUCUACAAGAUGGUGAUGGAGUACGCAGGUGACGGAACCCUAACUUCUUUCAUGGAACGAAACAGAAAAUUAUCGGAUACGAUCAUCAAAGACUUCACACGCAUGAUUCUACAAGGAUUGGUCUCGAUUCAUAGCCAUGGUUAUGUCCACUGCGAUCUUAAACCGGACAAUCUCCUUCUCUUUCCACGGUACGAUGAAAAAACUUGGGACUGUUCAUACGAUUUAAAGAUUUCGGAUUUUGGUGUGUCGAUAAAGGCCGGAGAAGAAUCUGAUUACUGGGGAAUCGAUUCUCCGUUUGUUGGAACACCUAUCUAUAUGUCUCCCGAGUCAGUCCAAUACGGUACCGUUGAGAAAGCCCUAGAUUUGUGGUCGCUCGGUUGCAUAGUAUUGGAGAUGUAUAUCGGUAAGCAGCCAUGGUCAGGGGUUGAGUUUGAAGAUCUUGAAUCUCAUCUGGUGGACAACAACGCACCAGAGAUUCCGGAUACGGUGCCUUGUGAUGCAAGAAAGUUUUUGGAAAAGUGUUUUGCAAGUAAACCUGAUGAAAGAAGUAGCGCUUCGGAGUUGUUGUUGCAUCCGUUCUUGACCGGAGAGAAGAUAAUGGCCGCCGGUGGAGAGAGAAAGCCGCUGUUGUUGAAGUUGAAGAGGCCCUUGAAGUUGGAGACUAUUCCAGUAAAGCCACCACAGUUUAAGAAAGUUAGGAUCAAACCAUUGAAGGUGAAGGUGAAGGUGAAGAUUAUACCUCCGAGAACCAUUCCAGUUUCCAAUUUCGUUCAUGUUCAGUAG